UCUAAUUUCUAUCUUCACGUCUCGAAGUUCAUGGAAUAUGGAUAUUUAUUAUUUAAAUAUUUAAUGUCUGUUUUGAAAGAGUUUAAAACUGAUUCAAUGAUUCAUAAUAUUCACUAAUUUGUCAUUUAGUUUAAUCAUUUUUUUCUGUUGGUUAAUUUGUGCUUUAUCGAUAUCCUAUUCGUAUUUUGUUAGUUGUUAUACUUUUUCAAACACAUCACAUUAAGUAAUAUUAUGUCGUCCAAAAACUUUUUAGACGUCGACGAGUCGAUUAUCGAAAAAAACCUUUUAAUUCAAAGCAACGAGGAACAAGAAUUCGAACAGUUUGUAAGUGGUUUCCUCAAUCCUGAAUCAGGCAAAUUGGUCAAACCAGCUCCAGGACUUUGUAUAAAAUUAUUUAAAACCGAUAAGUCAAAAGUAUUUAUAAAUCUCUGCCACCAUGCAGAGAUUCCACCUCCUGAUGAUAUUACAAGAGAAGAACUUGUAGAAGUUUUAGAUUCUAAAGAUCCUGAAAAAUUCUGUAUCCCGUUAAGUAUUGGUAUAGAACACUUAGAAACUGAUAAAUCUGAUGUACAAGUUCCUGUUUAUGAUGUAGCAGUAAAUUCAGAAUUUUUCAAUAAAUGUCAAAAUGAUGACUUGUUUCAAACAUUUAUUGUUUGUGCUACUAUUGAGGGAGUUGCUGAAAAAUUCAAAAUAGAUAUAAGCUCAGAAAAUCCAAUUUUGUUAAAGAAUAGAAAGUGCAUUGGAUCUUUGCAGCAACACAGAAUUCAACAACGACCUCCUAGACCAUCAAAAUUUAAAAAAAAACCUUUGAUUCAAGAAUUAAACUCAAAAGCAUCACUGUCUCAGUUAGACAUACAUGUCAAACCCGAGUAUAGAAUUUAUGUACAACCAGAAGAUAAUCCAAAAAAUAUAAUUUUAGAUGUUUGGAUGCCAGAUGUGCUCAGUUCACAAGAAAUUGAUUUAAAAUGUGGUGAAGAUUGUCUACUGUUAACUACGAACAAACAAACAAAAUAUGAGUUGGAUAUUUGUUUACCAUACACAAUUAAUCAAAAAAAUGUUAAUGUAACAUUUAAUACUUUAACUAAAAUUUUAUCAGUAAUAUCAACUAUUUUUUCUAGCAAUUGAUUCUCCUAUGUCAAGUGUGGUGAAGAGUACUCAUUGGACAAGUGUUCCGAUUACAAACUCUUAGCUGAAUGUGAAUUACGCUCAUAUAUUAUCCUAUAUAGGUUAUCCAGAUAGAUCAUGUUCAAAAAAGUUUGUCAAUACCGCUGAAAAACAUGAAAUGAGUUCCUUUCACUUCUAUAUGGCUAUUUGUGCAGAUUAACCAGUUAAAAUAUAUGAAACCCAAAUGACUUAACUAAAGAGUCACCUCAUAAACUAACAUUUACCGAUAACACAGUUAAAACGUGUUUAAAAUACCCCUUUUCCUGAGGCUAGCUGUAUUAUCAGAAUCUUAUAAAUUAUAACCAAACUUAAAUAAAAUUAUAAAAUUCGACAAAUUUGUCAAAUUGAUUUUACCUAAAGGUAUAUAGAAAUAUUUAUAGAAUUGAAUUUAUCUAUCACCUCUUUAUUACAAUUGCCAUUAAAACAAUUUGUUAUAUAUAUCGUAUUUCGUAUAAAAUUAUUAUUUAAAACAAUUUAUGUAAUAAUAAUUGGGUGUCACUAGAAUUAAAGUUCUGCAAAAAAAAAAUUGCCUACAUAAAAAAUGUGUUGUGUUAAUAAUAGUUUAAGAAAUGUUAUAAAAACGACUCAUAGGAAAAAAUAACUAAUAUUAUCACGUAAUAUUUACAAACUAACAUCAACAAUCAAAUAUUGUUUCAACUAUAAUACUUUUACUUAAUACUACUUAUUAGUAUACUACAUGUCACAAUUAUUAUAGAUAUGAAUCACUGUAAUUGUUAUAAUUAGAAGAAUAAUUAUUAUAAUUACCCAUACAUUUUCAAAAUUCAAGUAUUUUUUAGGUGUAGCAUAAUGGUAUAUCCUUAUUACCCCAAAAGAGUUAAU